GAAUGAGGCGCAGCAGCAGGCGGGGAUUGCAACAUGGAGUAAGAGGGAGGCCAGAUGGUGGAAGGAGGGGUCUAGGUCAGUGCUUUCUCAUGAGCUGCUGUACCAUCUGCUGUGUUCCUACACUAUCUGCUGUGUACCUGUACCACUUGAGGGUACCUGCACCACCUGAAGGGUACCUGCACCACCUGGGAGUACCUGCUGCUGAACGGAAGACCUCCCUGGGUAAGGACUGGCACUCGUUCUGCCUCAAGUGUGAGAAGUGUAGCAAGACUCUGACUCCAGGUAGCCAUGCUGAACACGAGGGCAAACCUUACUGCACCACACCCUGUUAUGGUGCCCUCUUUGGUCCAGGAGGUUAUGGACGCGGCGGCACCCAGAGCUUCAAGUAUGAAAAGUAGUUAAAAGCAGUUAAAGUAGUUAACAAGAGUUAGAGUAGUUAAAAAGGGGAGUAACAGCAGUUAACGAGGGAAGCAGCAACAGCAGUUAUUCAGAGAACCAGCAGCAACAAAGAAACAAUACCAACAUUCCUAGGAGCACCUGCUGGCGUCUGUGAUGACUUACCCGUUGUUCCUACUGUUGCUGCAACUGCUGUUGCUGUAGUCCCUGUUGAUAUUUUUUGCAGUUGCUACUCCUGCUAUAGCCGUUGUUGUUACUGGUGCUACUGCUGGUCUCCCGUUUUAAGAGGCAUAAAUUCAACUCAAGCGAUGCUUCCUAUAAUUAACGAUAAUGUAAAUCAUAAUUGCUAAGGUUUGCACACCAUUAUUUUACUCGUGUAUUUACUGUCUUUCGAGGACAAACACAUGUUUCAUUGUUGACUUGGUCCCUUGACAAAUACAGUUUUCUUGUAGAGUUAGUCCCCUCCAUCUUUUAAUCCCCUAUUGCUUUGAUAAUAUCUUGGUCCAGUAAGUUAUAAUCCUCUGACUCCACGUCCUUCACUUAACCUAAUAAUUUAUGUUCAGCUUAAACCUGGCACUGGGCACCUCGUAGCUCAUUGGCAGAGCAUUCGGCUCACAACCAAAGAGCCUGGGUUCAUUUCCGGGCGAGGUGAGACAUAUACACAGGUGAUUUUUUUUACUGACUAAUAACAAAGUUACAUUUUUUUUUCGGACGAAAUUCAUUUCCUAGUUUGUAUUCCGUGCACCUAGAUUGUAUUCCGUACAUCUAGCUUUAGUUAACACGUGUGCAAAUGUCACAGUAAAAAUAAAAUAAAAAAAACUUUA